AUGGGGUACGUCAACAUUGGGACCAAACUCAAAAUCGAUUCAAGAGUUUCACCUUUUCUUAAGGAGACUCAUCAUCCUGGUGAUUGGCAUAACCUUCAGGCAACGGGAUGGAACGGGAAGGAUCAGAAGUACGAGAUGAAAGUAAACAGAAACAUAGCAUUGGUUAACAAAUCGUGUGCACUGUUGAAAGAGGAGUGUUUGGUUCCUGAGUGUUGGUGGGUGGAGAAAAACAAAGGUAUGCUCAAGAAUGAAGAUGGUGAUUGGGUCCUGGCUACUCCCGACGAUGAAGACAUGCCUGUCGUGGAGUUUGAGUGA